GAAGUUAAACUAUGACCAGUUUGGAUAAUUACCCGCCAUUUUCGCGGUCCGCCCACCUUCCGUAGUUAUAUCUACUAAUAAAUCCAUCGCCAUCUUGAUUCUUGCCCCUUGGGGCAAGAGAAAUGAUGGCGAUGAAGAUAGUGAUCGAUUCAGAACCGGGCAAGAACCCAUAUCUCGCCUUCCUCUGAUCCCGCCUGCUCAAAGUUCGACUCUUUUCCUCUGCUUCCAGAGCUCCACAGAACCCGACGACAUUCAUGGCGGCGACCACAAGCUCCGACGAGACGAAUCCCCUCUUAGAUGGCCGCCGACGGGAAACCGAUCAGAGGAGCGGAUGGUGGCCGACUAGCAUCAACGAUGUGCUGGACAUUGAAGAAGCCAAGACCCAGAUCUUGUUUUCGCUGCCCAUGAUCCUCACCAACGUUUUCUUCUACCUCAUCCCUCUAGUCUCCGUCAUGUUCGCCGGCCAUCUCGGCGAGCUCCACCUCGCCGGCGCCACCCUUGCCAACUCCUGGGCCACCGUCACCGGUUUCGCUUUCAUGACAGGGCUUAGUGGAGCUUUGGAAACACUCUGCGGUCAAGAUUUUGGAGCGAAGCUGUACAGAAAGCUGGGGAUCCAUCUCCAAGCUUCCUGCAUCAUAUCAUUCCUCUUCUCUGUCGCAAUUUCUGUGAUCUGGUUCUACACGGAGCCGAUUUUGAUCCUUUUAGGGCAAGACCCCCAAAUUUCAUCCAUGGCUGCUCUGUACAUAAAGUACCUCAUCCCAGGAGUGUUUGCAUAUGGGUUUCUGCAGAACAUUCUAAGGUUCCUUCAGACGCAGUCUGUUGUUAUGCCUCUUGUCCUGUUCUCGAUGUUGCCUGCCUGCAUUCAUAUAGGGCUUGCUUAUGCUCUGGUUUACUUAACUCCGCUUGGUUUCAUUGGGGCUCCAUUGGCAGCUGCAAUUUCCUUGUGGGUUAGUUUCGUUGCCUUGGCUUUGUAUGUAGGGUUUGGGAAGAGAUUUGAGCAGACUUGGAGUGGGUGUUCGUCGGAAUCGUUCGAUUAUGUUGUGGUAGCACUCAAACUGGCUCUUCCUUCUGCUGCAAUGGUAUGCUUGGAGUAUUGGGCUUUUGAGAUUCUGAUUUUCUUAGCCGGGGUGAUGCCGGAUUCUGAAAUAUCAACAUCUUUGCUUGCUAUGUGCGUAAACACAGAAACCAUUGCCUAUAUGCUGACAUACGGUCUUAGUGCAGCAGCAAGGUUAGCAGCAUUUCUGUCACCAUGCUCUAUUUACUAUCACGAUUGUCGUUGUUCCUUCUUCGUCGUUCUAGGAGUCGAUACAUGUGUUUAUUAUCUCACUGUGGGUGGCAGCACGAGGGUGUCUAAUGAGUUGGGGGCUGGUAACACGAGUCGCGCUAAGAAUGCCAUGGCAAUGACUCUCAAGCUCUCCGUGCUGCUGGCCCUGGUGGUCGUUUUGGCUCUAGGGCUUGGCCAAAACAUCUGGGCUGGCUUCUUCAGCGACAGCAGUGAGAUAGCUGUGAGGUUUUCAUCCAUGGUGCCAUUGCUUGCCAUCUCCAUAACGCUUGAUUCAGUGCAAGGCGUUUUAUCAGGAGUGGCUAGAGGAUGCGGAUGGCAGAAUAUGGCGGUGGUUGCUAACUUAGCGACGUUCUACUUCAUCGGCAUGCCUAUUGCCUGUGUUCUUGGGUUCAAGUUGAAGUUAUAUGUGAAGGGAUUGUGGAUAGGCUUGAUCUGCGGUCUAACCUGCCAAGCUAGCACACUUAUGUUCAUUACACUGCGAAUGAAAUGGACUAGGAGCGAUUUUUCAACCCCCAGAGACCAUGAAAAUCAGAUUGCAGCAGCUUAGUUAUGUAGCUGCAGACUUCCGAUGUCAAAACAAAAGCUACCUACUAUAUAGAUAGAUACAUGCUCUCACGUUGAUUCAUUGUUAUCAGCCGUUUCCUAUGAACACACAUACGCACACCUAAAUAUCCAAAUAAAUGUCUACUAGACCUAGUUUUGGAGGCUGGCGAGGUUAAAGAAAGCACCUUUCUUGUUCUUUAACUGAGCAUAGGUUCCGCGCUCCACCACUUUCCCAUCAGCAACAAAGGCAAUCGAAUCCAGGUUCUUGAUCGUGUUCAGCCUAUGAGCCACCACAAUUGUUGUUCUUCCCACCAUGAUCCUGUCCAGUGCUUCUUGCACCACUUGCUCCGAUUGCACAUCAAGAGCGCUCGUUGCCUCGUCGAGAAGUAGGAUUGUGGGGUUGCGAAUUAUGGCCCUUGCAAUUGCUAUUCUCUGCUUUUGACCUCCAGAUAGCUGCACCCCUCGCUCGCCACAUUCGGUCUCGUAGCCUUCUUUCAACGACCUGAUGAAUUCGUGAGCAUUGGCAGCUCUUGCAGCCUCCACCACCUCAUUCUCGGAUGCAUCAGGCUUACCAAACACUAUGUUAUCUCGAAUACUGCCCGAGUAGAUCACUGGUUCUUGGCUCACAAGGGCGGUGUGCCUCCUGUACCAUUGGAUGUCCAGGACUCUAAUGUCAACUCCAUCGACCUUUACUGACCCUUUCUCGACAUCAUAGAACCUUUGGAUCAAUCCAAUCACAGUCGAUUUCCCACAUCCACUCUUCCCUACUAGACCAAUGCUAGUGCUAGGCUUUACUUCCAGGCUGAAUUGGUUAAGCACCAAUAUCUCUGGCCUUCCUGGAUAUGCAAAAUCAACCCUCUUCAUCUCUAUUUUUCCCGUGAUCUUUUCCAGCUUGGUUCCGUCGCUCUCAUUGCGAAUCAAGGAUUGCCUAUCCAGUAUCUUGAACACUGAAGCGACAGCUGCUGAACCCUUGGCUAGAUCAGAGGUCAUGCUUCCAGCUUCGGCUAUGACUUUUCCAGUACUUACAAGGAUGAAGAACGUUUUGAACACAGCUCCUGCUGAUAUCUCUCCCUUCUCCACCAGCGUCCCUCCAUACCAGAAGUCAAGAGCCCAGGACAUGAAAGUUAGACACUGAGCUGAACCCAUUCCGAAUCCAGCCAUCCAUGAUUUCUUCCUUGCCUCCCUCCUCGGCUCCUCCUGAGCUUGAUCAAAAAGUUCGAGCACCUUCCCCACACUUCCAAAUGAGGUAACAAUUCUGUGAUUAUAAACUGCUUCCACAGCAAUUUGGGUGCUUUGAUUCUGAGCCUUGACGAACUUUGUCGAGAUGGUGGAGAGAAGAACUUUGCGGGUGUAGAAACAUAGAAUUGUGAGUGGCUGGACCGCAAUCAUCACGAGUGCAAGCUUCCAAGCCACCACUAGUCCCAUGAUCAUGGCAAUGGUGACAGCUGAAGUGGUUUGUACUAGGAGAGAGACUCUAUCUGCAACUAGGGAUUUAACAAUGGAGGCCUCGUUGCUUAGUCGAGAACAUAAUGCUCCACUUGAGUUCUGCUCUUCAUCGAACCAAGCAGCCUCAAAAGUCAGGAUCUUUUCUAACAUCCUCAGCCGGAUUCUCUUUGUAAGCCUCUCUCCCAUAUACGCAAAAUUGUAGUGCUGCACAAGGUUCAGGAUGAUGGAAACUAGAGAAAGUGAACAAAAUAUCAAGGAGUACGUUCGAAUUCUAGCA